CUCUAUAUCUUCAAUUAACACUAAAGAAAUUAAGAUGUGUUUUCAUGUUUUAAAAAGUUUUCCAUGUGUAUUUUUAAGACUAGUAAAACUUUAGUUGGUGUUAACUGUUACUUUAACUGUGAACUUGUGGCUCUUGAAUGGCAGAGAAUCUUAUGAUUACUUCUGCCACCCAAUUUGCACUAUCACUUGAGUUAUCUCCUUGUUUUUCUUUGAAUUCGAGAAUAUUCACUCUACUUGCUUGGACACAGGUAAGUUCAUCACAAAGGCAUUUUUUCUUCUUUUAAAAGUUCUAGAUCAAUCUUGCACCAAGUUUUUUCUUAGAUGUUGAAUUUAGCAACUAGCAUUACUUUGAAGGUUUAAGAAAUAUACUAGAAUUCAUAUUUUUGCUAUUAUUUUGCUUUCUUGACAAGAAACAGAUUUUAGUUAAAUAUAAAAUCAGAGCUAAUUAAUUCUUAGCAUUUCUGUUCAUUGUAAUCUUUCUGAUUCUUAUGCUAGUUAAAUAUAAACAUGAAAGCAUACUUACUGUUAACUGUGGCCAGUGGAAUAAUGCAGAUAAAGCCUCUCAUAGGACCAACAAAGCAGAUCAUGAAAAUUGGUGUGAAAAGUUAUGACUGGCAUGAGCUUUUCCCAAAAGUACAGAAUAACGCUGGUGCAAUAAUUGCAGUAUGGGCUCCUAUAGUAGUUGUAUAUUUCAUGGACACACAGAUAUGGUAUUCUGUACAAUAUUUGGUGGACUUUAUGGUAUUUUGCAACACCUUGGUGAGGUAA